CAGUUUCCCGAGCGGUUCUUUAAUUUGUCUCUCGGUCGUGUCUCAGUAAACAUUCGUGUUGUAUGGUACCGUUCCACUUUACCGUUGUGCUGCCCGCGUCGUCCGAGGACCUAGGGCCGAGUAGCGAUUUGGAAUUUCUCGACGCGGCAUUGAGUUUUAUCGGCCUUUCGGAAUCUCCGCGUCGGCAUUCGGCUGAAAUCCUCAUGCGUCCCUUACGCCAACGACGCUGAGGGCCCGCAUGCUCUAGGUCUUGCGCAGGUUCCAAGGCAAGCGGAUAAUCGUUUCACCGGUCGCUUCACAAUUUCCGCUAGUCUUCGUGUCGCAGGUGAGACAGCCGACAGCGGCGCGCUGAAGUUUUCUCUUCGACCACAUGAGUUCUCGUAACGGCGGGAGUCCUGCACGCUCUCGCUCCUCCAGGCGUUGUAGUGCCUCAAGACGAGCAGGUAGGCACCGCUCUGACUCCGGUGCUGGAGAGUGCCGUCCUGGGACCGACGGUCGCAGUCUGUCCACUUCCUCGGACUUCCUAAAUUCUAGUUCGUCGCCUGGAUCUUAUUCAGAUCGUGUGCAACAAGGGAUCGGAGAUCCGGAAGUAUUUCCCGUUCCGUUUGAGGCGAACGGUCCGAAGUUUUCGUCGGACCGUCGCUCCAGCACCAGUCCUAGUCUCAACCGAAAGGCCACUUUCACCAGAGUGCUUGCUGCGCUGGACAGCGCAGACGCAUUAAGGCCCAUCCCUCCUGCUCCCUCGACGUACACAUACGCGCGGGAUCCGGCAAGUGACACGUUUCGUGUCGGAACGAGUCUGUCAUCCCUAGUUGCUCUCGCACCGCCUCCUGUUCCUCCUCCAUUCAUCACACCAAAUAUGCCGACGCAGUCAAACAGGGCACUGCCUCCGCCUUCGGGCCCGACACCUGACGCGGCAGGCUCCCCUCCAAGGUCUGGUUCACCUACACCUCGAGCUCGUGGUGAACAACACCGUUACCAUUACGAUUCGGGGCAUGUGAGCUCCUCUCAUGUUUCGAAUGAAUCACAUUCGUUUCAAAGAAUCCGGAGUAACCCCGUUCUUCCAGAAAAGACUCAAGGCGACGCUCCUACGUAUCCGAACCAGGGCGAGAAGGCAGGGGGAGGACGCAUGCGGGCAGCCAUCUUGAUUCUUAUUGGAGUUUGUAUCGGUCUCGCGAUUUGGCCCAUGUUCGUCUCAUUCCUCACGUUUCGUCUUCUCCACUCGCUCCACGAUGGAGCUGAUGGCGUCGACAUUGAUUCUACGGAUUACGAAGGAGUGGACGAUGACGGUAUCCGACCGGACGGUAGCUACGGCAAUCAUAUGAUGCAUAAUACGACAGAUUCAUCGUCGGGUUCAAACGUCACAAAUUCGGAAACCGCCCUCGUCCCUCCCCAGCCUACCUUUCCGCCUCUCACCUUCAACGAUUUGGCCGGAUUGACAGAGGCGAAGACGGAACUCCAGGAGGUAGUGCAGUUCCUGAGGGACCCCUCGAAGUUUGAGCGUCUGGGGGCACGCUUGCCGAAAGGCGUUUUGCUUGUGGGACCUCCUGGCACUGGCAAAACGGCACUCGCGAGAGCUGUGGCAACUGAGGCCGGCGUUCCUUACUUUUACGCCUCCGGGUCAGAGUUUGUGGAGAUCUACGUCGGUCAAGGUGCGCGGCGAGUUCGGGGCCUCUUUUCGUACGCUCGAAACCACUCACCUUGCAUUAUUUUCCUUGACGAGUUGGACGCCGUGGGCGGGAGACGCCAGGCAUCUGCGGGACCAGGCGCAGGGAACCGAGAGCACGAUCAGACCUUGAAUCAACUGCUGGUUGAAAUGGACGGAUUCAACCAGGCGAGCCGAAUCGUCGUUCUCGCUGCCACCAACCGUGUCGAUACACUCGACCCUGCGCUACUUAGGCCAGGGCGAUUUGAUCGGAUUGUGCACGUAUCAUUGCCUGAUGUAGCGGCACGAGAGUUGAUUCUCCAGAAAUAUCUCCAGAGAGUUCCUGUCGAGCUUCCCACGGAGUCGCAUGAAGGUACAGUCUCUGGGUUUUCAACUCUGGUGAAUGCCGGCGAUGAGCGGGCAAAUGCCGCACAAGGAAAGAGCCCUGCUCCUUUAGCUUCACCGCACUCGAGAUCGUCAUCAGACAAACGAGAGGAGAAAGACAGAAGCAGUGGCCGAUUCCCAAGGUCCGAGGAAGGGAAGAAAGAGGAGGUUGAGCCAGAGACGUACAGACAGCGCCCUGGUCCUCAGUCGGGCAGAGAGAAAGCCGCUUUCUCAGACAACACUGCCAUUGGGGAUAAAGAAGGAAGCGAAGACUCGGAAGCGGAGCACGAGAAAAAGCCAGGCCUUACUCAGGUUCAUAAAGAUCUUGCGAAGCAGAUCGCUAAAAUUACGCCGGGAUUCUCAGGCGCUGAACUAGAGAACUUAGUUAACGAAGCGGCUCUCCUCGCCGCUAGAGCAGACAAGGAAAUAGUGACGUUGCAAGAACUGCAAGAGGCGCGGGACAAAGUGACAAUGGGUCCAGCUCGAAAGACGCGCGUUAUGUCGGCUUACCAGCGGCAGCUGACUGCGUACCACGAAGCUGGGCAUGCAAUCAUUGCUUUUUAUCUCCAGCCGUACGCCGACCCGAUUCACAAGGCGACAAUCGUCUCGAGAGGCUCUGCUUUGGGGUUCGUGGAACAGGUCCCCUUGGAAGAUCGUUAUGGUCAUGGCGUAGCUCAGCUGGAGGCCCGGCUGUGUGUGUGCAUGGGCGGCCGAGUUGCAGAACGUCUAAUCUUUGGUCGGGACGCUUUGAGCAAUGGAGCGAGCAGCGACAUUGAAACGGCCACCCGGAUGGCCUAUGUGAUGGUCACAGAGUGGGGCAUGAGUGAGAAACUCGGGCCUUUGAGCUACAAAGUCCAUGGCAGAAGUCGGCGAGCCUUCAUCAGCAGCGAAACUGCAAAUCUCGUCGAAGAGGAAGUGAAGCAGCUGGUGAUAACUGCUGAGCGUAAAGCGGAGAAGUUGCUUCGCAGGCACCGCAAGCAGCUUCGAGAGGUGGCGCUUCAACUUCUCGAGAAAGAGACGCUUUCAGGGGAGGAAAUUUCGGAGAUUCUCGAUCCAUCCGGAUCAUACCGAACCAAAGUGGAGAGACUGCGCACACGCAUGCAGCAAGGCGAACAGCCGAGCUUCCUGCAACGCCUUGUUGUGCAGUUGAAGCGUGGGUUUCAGUGGCUAUUCCUGCCUCGCGACCAAACCGAGUUUGCGGCAGUUGAGGCAGACAAGCAAUUAAAGACGCAAGAAGAAACCGAGAAAAAAAACGGGUCCACCAAUGAGGCUCCGAAGAAAACUGGCGAUGGGGACGAUGAUGAGUCUGGCAACAGCCGAAGAGAGAUGCAAGAGGCAGCAGCCACUCGUGAGGCGGAACCGUAUAGGAAUGAUCAAGACAGGCGCGAUAGACAUGGCGAUGAAGACCACCUUUUUGCAGACGUGAAUGAGAUCUCAGCGAAACAGCCGCAGAUAUCCGGAGCGACGAGAACCGGACAUGAGGACGGACAUUCUGAAUCCACCACUCACCUGAGGUGCUCAAGAGGCAAUGUCGCUGAGGGACAACACUGCAGCGAUUUGUCUGUAGAAGCACAGGUACCAGAACCGUUCUUUCCUGUGCGAAAGCACUCGCACCAAGUUGGUGAGGAGACUGGACGUGAACACUUCUCCAGGUAUGCAGAGGUGAAAAGUUUGCCGUCGAAUCCCAUGGUGCCCCGCGGUAAACUAGACAGCGAAGCAGCGAGUGAUGGUGAAGCGAAGAUACGCUUGCGCGAUGGAGAAGCGGGUUUGCCACAUGGAGACUUGGUUCAAGACUGGACACACAGAACUCCACGGUCAGUGCAGCGUCAUGAGGCGUUCACACUUGAGGAUGACUUUAGGAAAAAGGGAAACAGCUCGGAAAGAGAAGACGUUUUUAGUCGUGGGAUAGGCAGAAGAGGUGCAGAGGUCCAGUCUGCUUCCCUGGUUUCGCAGCAGCAGUGCUGUGAGUCUGGGACAAAGAACUGCGCAAAUUCACAGGCGCGCGUGCACUCACGACGGACGAAACGGGUGCAGCAACAGUGGCAGCUAACACCCUGGGGUUUGGGGCUAUCCACUAUUACGCGAGACGAAUAGUUACCUGAUAAAGGGCAGUUCAAACGAAAGCAAAUACAAGACGUACCUCGAGGGAAGACGAAGCAGAAAACUUAACCAAGGAACUCGACUAGACCGAAAUCUCGCUCAUCUCCCAACGCUAGAUGCAAGCUAUUUUGGAGAGAGCCACGAAGUUCGUGCGCAAAGCAAAUUGGGAUGCGAGGUUAUCAUGUCCAUGGGAAGCCUCCUAUGUAGUGGGACCUACCUCAUGCAGAACGAAUCUGAUGAACGGGCAGCUAAAACAGAAAAUAUUUGUCACGAAGCUUGAUACAGGAGAAGAGGUUUAUGCAGUGUUUGUUCUUGCGCGUGGCAACUGUCGAUGCAAUAACGUUCCUCUGGAAGAACGUGUUUCGUUCGGGUCUUCUGACCUUUAAACUUUUAACUGUUUCGCCGAAGUAUCGUGACCCUCUGUUAAGCAUUCAAGUUC